AUGGGCGUGGACAGUUUCUUCUGCUCACAAGACUGCUUCAAGCGGAGUUGGGCUGAACACAAAACCCUGCACAAAAGUACGAAUCCCUUCCGCAAUUUCAUUCCCCCAAAGGUUGUGUCUAAAGUCGAUCCAGAAAGCGGUCACUUCAACCCAUUUCCCACCUACCCUUUCACCGGCUCUUUAAGGCCUGUAUAUCCUCUGUCUCCGAAACGGGAGAUCCCCAAGUCGAUACCACAUCCAGAAUGGUCGCAGGACGGGAUACCCAGAUACCCAUACGUCCGCAAAAACAAUGUCCAGACUCUCGACGAAAAAGGCAUCGCGGGUAUGCGCAAGGUGUGCAGGCUGGCCAGAGAAGUCCUUGAUAUUGCUGCUGCCGCCGCAAAGCCCGGGGUGACCACCGACUACAUUGACGAGAUCGUCCACAAUGCUUGUAUAGAGCGCAAGUCAUAUCCAUCCCCUUUGAACUACAACCACUUCCCAAAGUCCGUCUGCACAUCUCCGAACGAAGUCAUUUGUCACGGCAUUCCCGACCAACGGGUUCUCCAGGACGGCGACAUCCUCAACAUCGACGUCACACUAUAUCACGAAGGCUACCACGGCGACCUGAACGAGACAUACUACAUCGGGGACAAGGCCAAGGCCGACCCAGACAAUGUCCGCCUCGUCGAAACAACGCGCCAAUGCUUGCAAAAGGCCAUUGAGCACGUUAAGCCUGGGGCGAAAAUCGGUGACUUUGGGGACAUCAUCGAGAAGCACGCCAAAUCCCAGAAUCUUAGUGUUGUCAAGACUUAUUGUGGCCACGGCAUCAAUUCCUUGUUCCACUGCGCCCCGAAUGUGCCGCAUUACGCAAAGAACAAGGCCGUGGGAAAAUGCAAGGCGGGGAUGACCUUUACGAUUGAGCCGAUGAUCUGCUUGGGUAGUUACAAGGACAAGACGUGGCCUGAUGAUUGGACAGCCGUUACCAGCGACGGAAGUCGCUCUGCCCAGUUUGAGCAUACAUUGCUGGUAACUGACGACGGGGUCGAGGUCUUGACUGCACGCCUACCAACUUCGCCUGGGGGUCCAAUUACGAUGCCAAGUUCUGAAACGACGAACGGAGAAGCAAAUGGUGAUGCAAAAGCCUAA